UGAUGGCUGGAACAGCUGCGGCGCUCACUGCCGCUCUGCUAGCGCUAUUUGGGGAACUCUACAGGCGAGGAGUAAAAAUAUGGCUCAAUCACGGCUUCAGUUAUCUAUUCCGCUAUCAGCUGGCCGUGGUCCAACUCACAUACCUGCUGCAUAGAAAAGGUCGGCGCUUCCGGUACUUGGAACCCGAACACAACGACGACGUUGUGAGCAGCGGAGCCAUCUGCGCACCACUGGAAUGGUCGCAGGAAUGUCCGAGGGAAAAAGAAGAAUUGGACAAGGGUCAGGACAAGGUGCUCUUCUACGGUGUGAACGCGGGAGGGGAUCGGCUGGUGGUGAACGUCUCUCGCCUUCGGAAUCACCUGGCGGAGUUCUGGGUUGCCGUGUACACACCUGAUGGAGCGCAGUACUCACUUCCUGCAUCGCUCACUCUCGACCGUAGCGCGGGAAGUUGCUUCUCGGCGGCCGGUGUCCGGCUCCAGUGCUUGGCUCCCAACCGUCGGUGGCGCGUCGCAUUUAAUGGGCUGCUCAGGAAACAACGGCAAACAGGAAGCUUGACUUCACAUGAGACGGAAGUUCAUGUAAAGUUCGGAUUUAUCUGGUCCACCGUUUCACACACAUUGGAGAUGCCAGCCGAGUUGGCUCCAGCCCUGUUGGCUGAAAGCUUAGCGAAAAUGCCAAUCCUUUCCAUGCUCCGUGACGUUAGUAGGCUAGUGAGUGAAAUGGACUCGCACGAUCAAGCUGGCAUGAUGUCCGGCGAAUUCACGGUGGAAGGCGAGACCAGAGAGAUUAAUCUCUGGGGGUACAAAAUCAGGACUCAAGGAAGCAUACCACGUGGGCCUUAUGAAGAGCAUCACCACUUAGGCUUCCUUCAGAACGGCGACAUGUACCAUUUGGUUCGCUCUACGAACUACGGAGGAGAAAACGGUGUUUCUUACGGGUCCAUCUACGCGCCUACAUCCAUGAUGCGGCCGAUUGACUGCAGCCUUGUUAGGAUGGAGGAAGCCUUGCAUGCAGAGCGUAGCAAGACGCACAUAGGAAGCGGUCAGGUUUUCCUACCAGUCGAUGUCAAACGUGCGGGACCUUUGUUGACCUUGACGAGUGACGAAAGCUCUUCUGAUGUGCAUCUCACUGCAAUGGACCUCAAAUGUGAGGAGAAUGACGGAUACGGCUUUAUACUUUCUGUGAAUACACCCGAGCGGAUGACUGACCACAUUCCGGGGCAUAUUAGGCACAAGAUAAUUGAAGAGCACGAGCUGCCAAAGGUGCUUCCACUUGUAUCUGACAUCAGGGACCAGUGCAGCAAAGUGCCUCAAUUGACAGGAGGCAAAGGAUCAUCGUUAGCUGUGCUGAACUCCCUCGCCACAGAACUACAAACGUUUUCAGUACCUCGUGGAUUCAUCAUCACAACCAAGUCAUACGAGCUUUUUUCUGCAAACGAAGAAUUUCGUAAACUGGUGCAACAAAUUGAGACUGCAAGAGGCAGAGAUGACUGGCAAACAGCGCUGAAAGAAGCUUGCUCCAGGGUGGUAGGUGCUAUUGAAGAAAUGAAAAUGCCUGCAAAAGUUGCGCAAGAAAUUUCUCUUCGCGUUUCGACAUUUGGUAACGGCACCGCAUUUGCUGUCCGAUCUUCAGCGAUAGGUGAAGACUCUGAGGACAUGUCAGCCGCCGGUCAAAUGACCACAUUGCUUGGUGUUCGGGGCCAAGAAAACGUCAUCAGCGCUGUGGUGAAGUGCUGGGCGUCACAGUACAGCUUCACAAACGUGAACUACAAGAGGCAAUAUGGACAGCCACUGGACGUGCCAAUGGCAGUUGUAGUACAGGAACUCGUGGACGCCACCACGGCAGGUGUCAUGUUUACAUGUGACCCACUUACCGGGAGCCCAUCGUACGUCACGGUGACCGCCAACUACGGCAUCGGUGAAUCUGUGGUAUCGGCAUCGGCAGACCCGGAUACCUUUGUUCUGAAGAAGACGGGCACGCAGAGACUGACCAUCGAGUCAAAACAGAUAGGUCACAAGUCUGUCUACACAACCACGUCCGAGAACGGUGGUGUGGUUACGGUACCGCAGAGUUCGGAGAAGGCCCAGAUCCCCUCCAUGUGUGAUGAAGACGUCGAAAAAUUGGGCAUUAUUGGAAUGCAGAUUGAGAAGACAUUCACAAUUCCGCAGGAUAUUGAGUGGGCGUUCUACGAUGAAAAAUUCUUCAUGCUGCAGUCUCGGCCUGUGACAACGUUCUUCAGAGAGUCGGAUUGCGAAAUGAUCCACGAAUUUGACAAUGGUUUGAAGUCGCCAAAAGAAAUGCUAACCAAAGGAAACAUAUCUGAAGUUCUUCCAGGAGCAUUGCCACCACUGACUACAUCUAUACUCCAUGCUGCUUUUGAUACUUACUGCAGGGAAGAUGGCAUGCGGUGGUCUUAUGCUUUCGAACCUGACCAAACACAGUAUGUACCCGCAUGGAUGCCGUUACAGCGUUACAACUUCUUCUUGUGGUUGUCCGACGGACAACGAGUGAAUGGAGCGGACGCGAGUCUGAUGGAAAAAGCAUUCCUGCACAGUAUACUGGGACGGGACGCAAGUUCAGAAGUGCGAGAUGUCGUUAAACGGGUAAAGAAGAUGGUCACGUGGAAGCUUCCUGUGCAAUUGUACUACAUGGCAAAGGCGAUGCUUACUGUCACUGACGGUGUGGAGGAGACCUCAAGAAAAACGGCGCAGUUCCGCCUCUCAGUGGAUGGAAUGACGACCGCCACACAGAUGUAUGACUACAUGAAGUGCAGCCUGCACAAGCUUCGCGAGCCUGCAAUUCUCCUGAUGAAGGUGUCAAUGUCGUGCUCCCUCUUCAAUGCCGUCAUACUUCAAAUACUUGGUGCUGCCAAACGAGGGCUUAGCAAUGAUCUCUGGAGCGAGCUGUCUAAAAUACUGCUUGGUACAGAGGUAGAGAGUGCCGACGUGCCUCAAAUGAUUCAGGAACUGGGCCGUGUGCUGAGAGAGUCUCCAGACAGGGAGAAAUUCAUCAACAUGACUACCGAGGAGGCAUCGGAGUGGCUGUUGAAGUCCGACAACGAUUGCGGCCAGAAAUUUCGGGAGUUCAUAAAGAAGCAUGGUCAUCGGUCUGUUAAGGAGUUUGAUCUGUACACCAAACCAUGGUCACUGGAUCCUUCGUCUCUCGUUAAGUCUUUAAAGGCUGCAGCAAGGGCACCCCAGGUCGAGCAAGGGGAACCGGCUGCUUCUCGGGACCUUUCCACUAUAACUGACAGGCUUUCUACUCCACGGAGGAUCAUGUUGAAGUUGGUGACGCCAAAGGCACGAGGCGGCGUUGCUGCGCGAGAGGUGGCAAAGUCCGCUUCAGUGCGUGUCGUCCACCAGCUGCGUCUUGUGUGCCACCAGCUGGCGCUGCGCAUGGUUCACGAGGGCAGGCUCCCUUCAUCGGACCUUCUGUUCUUCCUGACCUUCGAGGAAAUUGGCAUCCUUCUCAGGACGAGGAACCCAGAGCUGGUUUUAAAAGCUCAGCGGCGUCAGAAAAUUCACGCACAGCUUGACAAGGACAGAUAUCCAUCCAUAUUUGUCGGAAUCCCAAAACCGAUUGAACGAAUCAAACGGCACAUUGAAGGUGACUUCGAAAUUAAAGGUAAGUGCUUAUUUUUAGCAGCAGCUAGCGUUGGAUGA